AUGGCAUCAUCAGUUCCUGGACCCAUUGACUUACCCGAAUCACGCUAUGAUUUGUCCACAUACUGGGGCAGAAUCCGCCAUUGCGCCGAGAUUUCGGAUCCCACCAUGCUGCUAACCACUGAGAAGGACCUGGCCCACGCCAAGGAGAUCAUUAGUGCGUAUCGUCAUGGCGAGUUAAAGGAAACCACCCCGGAGUUUUGGCGUGCCAAGAAGCAACUGGACUCUACCGUGCAUCCGGAUACGGGUAAGACGGUUCUUCUGCCCUUCCGUAUGUCUUCGAACGUGCUGUCUAACCUAGUUGUCACCGUUGGGAUGCUGACGCCAGGUCUGGGGACCGCAGGGACCGUGUUCUGGCAAUGGGCGAACCAAUCGUUAAACGUUGCCGUUAAUUCCGCCAACGCGAACAAGUCUCAUGUCAUGUCAACAUCCCAAUUACUUACCAACUACGCUGCCGCUGUGACAGCGUCCUGUGGUGUUGCACUGGGGUUGAACAACCUGGUACCCAGGUUGAAGAACAUUUCUCCGCAUUCAAAAUUGAUCUUAGGCCGCCUGGUGCCCUUUGCCGCCGUUGUCACUGCCGGUAUUGUCAAUGUUUUCUUGAUGAGAGGCAACGAAAUCAUGAAGGGUAUCUCUGUGUUCGACGCAAACGGCGAAGAAGUCGGGAAAUCGAAGAAGGCUGCCUUCAUGGCGGUGGGCGAAACCGCUUUAAGUAGGGUUAUCAACGCUACUCCAACCAUGGUCAUCCCGCCUUUGAUUUUGGUUAGACUACAACGCAGCGUCCUAAAGGGUAAGUCUCUUGGUGUGCAAACCCUGGCUAACCUCGGGUUGAUUUCAGUCACAAUGUUUUCUGCUUUGCCAUUUGCGUUAGGUAUCUUCCCUCAGAGACAAGCGAUCCACUUAAAUAAAUUAGAACCUGAACUGCAAGGCAAGAAGGAUAAAGACGGGAAGCCAAUUGAAAAAGUCUACUUUAACAGAGGUAUCUAG